ACAGCCUCUGCUCUCCUCCAUCUCCUAUAGAUUACACUUACCUCUCAGUCAAUAUCAGCAUAAAAGAAUAUAGUUUUAGAGGCUGUAUCAAACUAUGUCCCCAAUGAGCCAAAAUUAAUAUAAUUAAUAUAAUCAUCUUUUAUGCACACAAAAUUAAAAGGGUUUUUUGUUUUUUGUUUUUUUUUGUAAUUCAAAAUACUUAAUAGUCUGAUAGCAAGUUUCACCCAUUUUAAUCCUGUAAACAGUAACAAGUAACUAUAGAGAAACAAGGAAGGCAUUUUGACAGAACAGAGACUCAGCCCACCACUACCUGCUAUAAAUAUUCCCUCUACACCUCCCAGCCCCAGUUAAGGUCUCAUGUUAUAUGUCAAGGGCUGAGCUCAAAGGGUGGGAGCCAUAGAUAACAGUUUGUUUAGUUGUCAGUGCAGUCACUGAUUGUUUUGAAGGCAGAUUGUGGCGUCCAAGUCUCUGCACUAGCUUCAUUAGUUUUUGCUCAAGAUGUUGUGUUUGGCUUCCUCUGGCGUGUUACUGGCAUUUGCUGGCAGAGGCAAUCUCCUCUAAUCUGUUAUCUGGUUGUAGUUGGAUUCAUAGCAACUUCUAGACAGCAAGGUCAGUGCAAGACACCAGCAACAGAACAAAAGAAGUCUGCUUUAAAAGGUGGCGAACAUGGCUGAGGCUUGUGAUAACUGGCAGCAGAGGGGUCCUAAUGAGAAUAGUGGGACCUGGCUUCAACUCAUCAGUGGCUCCAGCAGCAUAUCCUCCACUAAAACCACCACCAUCCGUCUUCGGGAUAUCUAUGAUCCCAAGCCUCAACCUUCCAAAGCUCCUGUUAAGAUCCGCCCUCCAGGUCCGAGAACUCCCUCAGUAAAGGAACCCAAUAUAAAGCACAGCUUGCCCAGUGACCCUCUAGUCAAGACGAUAAUGAGGAGACGAGCUCAGUCUCUUCCUUCGUCUGCAGAAAGGAGAAAAGAACUUAGGAGCCUGCAAGUACGCUUUGUGGAUUCACUGGGACUGAAUUUGGAGGAAGUGAAAGUCUUCAAAGCUCAUGAUGACCCCCUGAUACCCCAACAUGUUAUGUUCAGACUACUGAUGAGCUCUGAACUGGCAUUUGGGAAGUCACUGGAGCUGUCCCUACCUUACUUCAAAUCUUGUUUUCCCGAAAAUAUGAGAAGUCAACCAGACUUCCUGAAGCGUCUCUGUACUCAGAGUGUGUGUCUGGAGCAGGUCCUGUGUUCAGAGCAGGGGAUAACAGGCACUAUACAAGUACUUAAUUUAGCCUAUGAGAAAGAGGUCACAGUGUACUACUCUUUCACCAACUGGAGAACACACACAGUUACAACAGCCUCCUGGGUAUCAAGUUGGAACCAUGAGGAGUAUGAUGCUCCAGAAACAGAUAUCUUCAGAUUUCGUCUGCCAGUCCCACCAUUCAUUUUGCAGCCAGGAGCUAUCUUGGAAUUUGCCAUCUGCUACCAUGUAAAAGGAUCUGAUUAUUGGGACAACAACAAUGGGCACAAUUACAAACUGUCAUGCCACAGCUACAAGGUGACCGUGCCAAGGGAGUGUGAGGAUAGUAUGCUGCAUUUUACCUGAGUGUCCACAUGGGGGAGCUGUGACACCUGCUUACAGAUAUAGGUGACAAACACUCGAAAUACUGUGUAUUAACUAUUACCAAUGUUUCCCUUAAUUACAUUACACCACUGCUUAUAUUAUUAAGUAUUUACUCAAGUAGUCCAAGUUAGUACAAUUCCAGGUACUUUACCUUAAUAUUUCCAUUCUACACCACUUUAUGUUCACAAUCUACUAAAUUUCAGUAGUUUUUCACUAUAUUUCACUACAUGUAUCUGAAAGCCACAGUUACUUAUUCAGAUUAAAAUUUUAAAAAUAUGAAUAUAUGAAGUAUUGUUAUAAAUCAGCAGUAAAAAGUUAAAAAGAACUCCACUUCGGUAAUGGUAUUACACUGACCUACUCUUGAAUGUACUUUUACUUUAAUACUUUGAGUACAUUUUGCUGAUAAUACUUAUGCACUGUAACUUUUCUGAAUGCAGGACAUUUAUUUGUAAUUAUGUGUUGCUGUUCUUACAGUAUUGCCUCUUUAUUGCUACUGAAAGGGUAACUUAACACCCCCUGAAUAUCUUGUUUUUGCAUUGAUGUAGAAGUGUACCCCAGAGCCCCAUGACAUCAUUGUUGGGUGUGGUUAGAGGUACAAAAAAGCAUUUUUCUCACUACACCUAACCAUGCCCAUCAGUGAUCUCAGGUGUAGUCAGAGAUGAAGCAGACUUGAAAGUUUCAACAGGCAAGCCAACAAAACAUUGACUCAGACUGCUAAAAAAGCCAUUAAAUAUUCUGUAAAA